AGUGCCAGAUCAGGAAGUUUGUGGGAAGAGAUUUUUUUCAUAAAUUCGAACAUAGCUUGCUUGGAAUUGAAUUACCGACUUCGGUUUUCCAGAUAUGAAAUAUCAAUCUUGUAA